AUGCUGACCGGACGCAUCGCGUUCAAGCUCCAGCAGUGCAUCAGACCAGCUGCCGACCGCGGCUGGCGGCCAUUUGGUGGCAUCGGCUGGGAUGGCCCCGUCCCGGGGUCGCUGCAGGGUAUCUUGACGCUCGGUGCGUUGACGUAUCCAGUCAUCUUCGGGGGAUCUCCUGUUGAUGGCUUCCGUGUGGAUAAUCGAAGGGCUUGCCCCAACGCACAUGACUUUCAUCAGACCAGGCAAAGUGGUGUGCAGACCAAGAAGCGGGGGGUCGUUAAGCAGCACAACUAUGUGAUCCAGAGGGAGUGCUCCAAGCUUCUCAGAAAGUUCAAAUAUGUCCCCCCAGCCUCUGACAUGGCCAAGAACAUCGUUCGUGAGACACUUGACUACUAUCACAAUAUGCUGCGUGUGGAGAGCAAUCUGUCCCCAAGGAAUGGUGCAGCUAUGCUUGUCCGUGUUGCUAAAUUUGCACAAAGCAGCUCUCUGCAUGACUACAUCAUCGAGACACAGCAGCCCUUUCUGGGUGGAGUAUGCAAGAUGACAAAUGGACGGCUAUUUGCUUUGAGACCUCAGGAAGUGUCCAAUGUUGUGUGGGCUUUGGGUGAGCUUGGACCAGGCAUCCUUGACGUUCGCAUGGGCUCAGGCACAAUUCGGAAUCUGUAUGACAAGGCCAUGCGCCAAGCCAGCGACUGGAAGGUGCUUGAAAAAGUACGCUGUGCAGACCUGGCGUUGCUGGUGAUCGGCAUUGCAAAAUUGGAGGUGGAAGACAUCGAUUGGGCGAUGGAGGAGAUAACAGCCACGAUCAUUCGCAAACUGGUGAAGUUCAAGGACCCGGACCUUCCAGGCCUGCUUGGGGGACUGGCGUACAUGGGGUGGAGGGACACGAAGGUGCUGCUGCCCGCGAUCGCCGUGGAAUGCAAGAAACGUGUCGGCAGGUUUCAGAGCCAGGACCUUGCCAAGUUGCUGUGGGCCUUCGCAGUUCUUGAAUUUCGUGACAUCCAGCACCUGCUUUGGAUCACGACAACGCAGACGUUGCCACACCUGAGGGAGGUCCAGCCACAGGAGAUCGUCAAGAUCGUGUGGGCGUACGACCAUCUGCAUUACUACCCUGGGGAGUCGUGCCUGGCCAAAAUGUCCAGGCUGAUGGCGCCCAAUGUGAAGAAACUCGUGGCCUCCGACAUCGCCCACACUCUUCAAGCCUUCGCCAACAUGGGCCUCGAGGAGAAGAUGGUGGUGGAUAGCGUCUGCGACUGCAUCAUCAGGAACCAAAUCGAAGGAGGUCUGUCGACAAGGGACGCCGCUGUCUUGGGAUGGUCCCUUGCUGUAUUGGACGCUCUAGACAAACGGGUGUUUGUCUCCCUGCGGAAGCCUCUGGCUGAAUUCGACCCUGAAACCCUCCCUGAAAAGCACAAGGUGGAUGUUUACCGCUUCUGCCUGCACCUCCAGGUGUUCAGGCCACAACUGGCGGACAUGGUUUCCACAGAUUCCAUGGCAGCCUGCCAGGGCGCUUGGAUCGAGCAGGUGUCGGAAUGGGAACCGCCUGGACUAGCCUCAGAGGUGGGCCCCAUCAUGGAGGUGCUUGGCUUUUCAUGGAUGGAAAAGGAAACUAUCGGGGAUGGGCUGAUGGCUGUGUCAAGCGCACGGCGAGGGGACCUGACCCUGGCGGUGGAGAUUGUCACGCCUCCGAACUGCUACGUCACGUACAUGCCAUCUGAGAAGCCGCACACAGCAGGAAGCUUCCUUUGGCGUGAGAGGCUGCUGAUGGCGCUGGGUUGGCGGGUGCUGAGGGUUGACGGCGGUGCCUGGGAAGACAUGGCGAAUGACCAGGAGAGAGAGGCGUACCUAAAGGAGCGGAUUCAACCGCUUGUGGGAUUGACUGUUGAGGGUGGUGUAGAUGGCCAAGACACGCUCUUGGACCAACCCGAGGCUGCUUGA